CAUGAAAAAGAAAACUAUGCUUCUUUCUGGCAUUCCAUCAAACAGCUUGCGUGCAGUAUCUAUCCUCAUGAUCAGAACACCAAAUGAAGUUCCUUUCCUUCGCGUGUAAACAAAUUGAGGACCAGAUCACACCUUUAUUGAGAAAUUGCACGAGUUUCAGAGAAUUAGAGAAGAUUCAUGCUCGUAUCGUGGUGUGUUCUUUAUCGUCCAGCAACUAUUUGGCAACCCAAAUGAUCAACCUUUGCAACUCCAUUGGAUACAUAGAUUAUGCAGCGUUAGUCUUUGAGCAAGCAGUGGAUCCCAAUGUUUUCGUAUAUAAUGCAUUGAUAAGAGCCUUCGCACAGCACCACAAGCAUUGGCAAGCGAUACAAGUUUAUAGGCAGAUGAUGAGAAGAGAGAGAGAUCAAAGUUUGGUUUUUGCUAACGAAUUCACUUACCCGUUUGUUCUCAAGGCUUGUGCAGGGCUUGCGGAGUUGGAUCUUGGGAAGCAAGUUCAUGCUCAGGUUCUGAGGUCUGGGCUGGUGUUUGUUCCUAUUGUCCUGAAUUCAGCGGUGGAGUUGUAUGCUAAAUGUGAUGAUUUGGUGCAUGCGCACAAGGUGUUUGAUGAAAUGCUUGAGAGGGAUGUUGUGUCAUGGAACACACUCAUCUCAGCGUAUGCCAGACUUGGAGACAUGAAAAUAGCAAGAUCUUUGUUUGAUUCAAUGCCAAAUAGAACAGUUGUGUCAUGGACUGCAUUGAUCUCUGGGUAUGCGAGCAUUGGCAGAUACUCAAAGGCUGCAGAAGCAUUUCAGCAAAUGCAGCUUGCUGGGUUUGCGCCAGAUGAUAUCAGUGUUGUCUCUGUGCUCCCGGCUUGUGCACGGCUUGGAGCUCUCGAGCUUGGCAAAUGGAUUCACAAGUAUGCAAACAAGCAUGGUUUGCUUAAGAGAACUUUUGUUUGCAAUGCACUCAUUGAAAUGUAUGCAAAAUGCGGUAGCAUCGACCAAGCAAGGCAGUUGUUUGAUGGUAUGAGAAAUAGGGAUGUUAUUUCAUGGAGCACGAUGAUCAGCGGGCUUGCAAUGCAUGGGGAGGCUUGUGAGGCGAUAGAAUUGUUUGUGGAAAUGAAGACCGAGGGGAUGGUGAAGCCGAACAGCAUCACAUUUCUGGGUGUACUAUCAGCUUGUGCUCACGCUGGAUUGUCAGAUGAAGGAUUGAACUAUUUUGAUUCAAUGCUGCAAGUAUAUGGCAUUGUUCCAGAAAUUGAGCACUAUGGUUGUUUGAUUGAUAUUCUUGGAAAGUCAGGGUGCAUUUCCCGUGCAUUGGAGGUCAUCAAUGGCAUGCCAAUGCCUGCAGAUGCGGCCAUUUGGGGAUCUUUGCUCAGUGCUUGUAGGACUCAUGGGGAUGUUGAUACUGCAGUAAUUGCAAUGGAACACUUGCUUGAGCUUGAGCCAGAGGACACGGGGAACUAUGUGUUGCUGUCAAACAUCUAUGCAGCGGCAGGGAGGUGGGAUGGCGUCGCGAAGAUGAGGAAGUUGAUAAGGAGCAGAAGUAUGAAGAAGACGCCCGGGUGCAGCGCAAUUGAGGUCAACAAUGUCGUUUGUGAGUUUGCUGCCGCUGAUGUUUUGAACCCUGAGUACGGUGAGAUAGCAAAAAUGUUAGCGCUCUUGGGGGCACAGCUUGGAGAAGCUGGGAAUGCAGACAAUGAUUUGGGAUUUAAACAUGAUGACUUCUCUUGGAUGGGGAUCAUUUCAUGAACAUGAACAUGAACAUUCAUUUCAU